AAUCUGUGUUUCCUAUGGCACUGGCUUUUUUCCUUUUCUCACUAUUGCAUAAUUUCUUUCUCUCACUCUCAGGGUGGCAAACGGUUUGAGACCCAAACUCAAAUCUAAAUUAGACUGUUUGAGUUUGUGCACAUUGUGACACACUACAUAAAUUCACAAAAACUUGUUGAAUGACCAAUGAAGGAAUGCUGUUUCAGUUUUUCCUCCAAGACUCAGGAAGAAGACAGCUGCCAUCUCAGAAUGGACUGAGUGGACAAGGAAAGAACAGAGCAGUGACACAAAGACAGCCUUUUAAUUCCCUUUCAGGGCGAUUCAAAUUGUAAUCCUGAUCUGAACGGUCUCUGUGAAACACAAUUCAGCAGUCCAUUUUUCCAUUUACACAAAUCGAUUUGAUACCCCAAAUGCCAAGUCUGUUAUAGGCUUCAUUUUAUUCCUUUGGGAGAUGCCUGUACAAAGUUGUUUUUCUUUCUUUAAUGGAGAUAUGAUCGUCAUAGCAACUACAAGAUAUAAAUCUUACCUAAUUGAAUCAUUGUGCUGGACGUAAUGGCCAGGGCAGCGGGAUGAUAAACAUACUUAGGUCUCCCAAGUUCUUGGAUUUGGAUUAAUUUUUUGUUUCCUAAGGAAUAUUGUUGGUCUCCAAAUGCAGGGACACUUGGGAGGGAAGCAGGGGAGCAGAUGGGGUGGACUUGAUUAGCAAUAAAACGCAGGUUCUGUGUAGAGGAGCAGCUCCUCCCCACGUGGUCCCCUCCCCAUCCUGAGGAUAAGGACGUUAGAGGGAAGCGGAGGCUACUGGAGGCCCAGAAUCUAACUUAAGCCGCUUAGUUGGUACCUAGUACAACUGUAAACCCUCCACGCCGGGGCUGGGCUCUGCAACCUUUCUAAGCAAGCAAGGUAAAGAAGGUGAAGGGACUCCAGUGUGCACUCUAAGAAGGUAGGGCCCUUCCCUCCGGGCCCAACGCGCGCAAUGGAAGUUACUCAGGGGCGCACACGUGAGAAGGCGGGGGCCCCCCACGCGGCGUGCAGCCGAAGUCACGAGCCGGGUGCGCUCACGCGGCAGCCCUAAGCCCCUCUGCCUCGGGUUUCUGGAACACAGCCGGGUUCUCUCCAGCUCCCCAGCAGGAUGUGUGGCCGUGCGCUGCUGCCUGCCGACCCGAAGCUGAACGAGGGGGCCGGGGCGGCCACAUGGCCCGCUCCAGGACAUGGCAGCUGCGCUUUGUUUCCAGCAGCGAGAGGGCUGCGGUGUGUCUUUGCAGCUGCCUCCUAGACCUCACCACCGGACAGCCCACAGGAAUUUUUCAGAUCAAGACUAAUUACGAGUUUCCAGUUGACCAGCACUCACAGGAAUGAAGACGAACUCAGAGAUGGUGUUUCUAAGAAAUUUCAAAAGUUGUAGACCUCCCGACUGAAGCUAGCUGAUUAAUUUGAUUCAUUUUUUCACUGUAGUUCUGUCCUCCUACAAGGGGAAGUCAUGAUUACACUAACAGAGCUAAAAUGUUUAGCAGACACCCAGGCAUCUUACCACAUCUUAAAACCCUGGUGGGACGUCUUCUGGUAUUAUAUCACCCUGAUCAUGCUGCUGGUGGCCGUGCUGGCCGGAGCUCUCCAGCUGACACAGAGCAGGGUUCUGUGCUGUCUUCCGUGCAAAGUGGAGUUUGACAAUCACUGUGCUGUGCCUUGGGACAUCCUGAAAGCCAGUGCAAAUGCCUCCUCGAACCCCGAGGCCCCAUUCCCACUCCCCCUUCGGAUCCAGAAUGACCUCCACCGACAGCAGUACUCCUACAUCGAUGCCGUCUGUUACGAGAAACAGCUCCACUGGUUUGCAAAGUUUUUCCCCUACCUGGUGCUCUUGCACACGCUCAUCUUUGCAGCCUGCAGCAACUUUUGGCUUCACUACCCCAGUACCAGUUCCAGGCUUGAGCAUUUUGUGGCCAUCCUUCACAAGUGCUUCGAUUCUCCGUGGACCACGCGCGCCCUGUCGGAAACAGUGGCCGAGCAGUCAGUGAGGCCCAUGAAACUCUCCAAGUCCAAGAUUUUGCUUUCAUCCUCAGGGUGUUCAGCUGACGUUGAUUCCAGCAAGCAGUCACUGCCCUACCCGCAGCCAGGCUUGGAGUCAGCUGGCAUAGAAAGCCCAACUUCCAGUGUCCUAGACAAGAAGGAGGGAGAACAGGCCAAAGCCAUCUUUGAAAAGGUGAAGAGAUUCCGUAUGCACGUAGAACAGAAGGACAUCAUUUAUCGGGUGUAUCUGAAGCAGAUAAUCGUAAAAGUCAUUUUGUUUGCCCUCAUCAUAACUUAUGUCCCCUAUUUUUUAACCUACAUCAGUCUUGAAAUCGACUGUUCCAUUGACGUUCAGGCUUUCACAGGCUAUAAGCGCUACCAGUGUGUCUACUCUUUGGCAGAAAUCUUUAAGGUCCUGGCUUCAUUUUAUGUCAUUUUGGUUAUACUCUACGGUCUCACCUCCUCCUACAGCUUGUGGUGGAUGCUGAGGAGUUCCCUGAAGCAAUAUUCCUUUGAGGCGUUAAGAGAAAAAAGCAAUUACAGUGACAUCCCUGACGUCAAGAAUGACUUUGCCUUUAUCCUUCAUCUGGCCGAUCAGUAUGACCCCCUUUACUCCAAACGUUUCUCCAUAUUCCUGUCGGAGGUCAGCGAGAAUAAACUGAAACAGAUCAACCUCAACAACGAAUGGACAGUUGAGAAACUGAAAAGUAAGCUGGUGAAAAAUGCCCAGGACAAGAUAGAACUGCAUCUUUUCAUGCUCAACGGGCUUCCCGACAAUGUGUUUGAGUUAACGGAAAUGGAAGUGCUGAGCCUAGAGCUCAUCCCGGAGGUGAAGCUGCCCGCUGCCGUCUCGCAGCUGGUCAACCUCAAGGAGCUCCGCGUGUACCACUCGUCCUUGGUGGUCGACCAUCCCGCACUGGCCUUCCUAGAGGAGAAUCUGAAGAUCCUCCGCCUGAAAUUUACUGAAAUGGGAAAAAUCCCACGCUGGGUAUUUCACCUGAAGAACCUCAAGGAACUUUAUCUGUCAGGCUGUGUCCUCCCUGAGCAGCUGGGCACCAUGCAGCUGGAGGGGUUUCAGGACUUGAAAAAUCUGAGGACCCUCUACUUGAAGAGCAGCCUGUCCCGCAUCCCACAGGUCGUCACAGACCUCUUGCCUUCCCUGCAGAAGCUGUCCCUUGAUAACGAGGGAAGCAAACUCGUUGUGUUGAACAACUUGAAAAAGAUGGUCAAUCUGAAGAGCCUAGAACUGAUCAGCUGUGACCUGGAGCGCAUUCCACACUCCAUUUUCAGCCUGAACAAUCUGCAUGAGUUAGACCUAAAAGAAAAUAACCUUAAAACCGUGGAAGAGAUCAUUAGUUUUCAGCAUCUUCAGAACCUGUCCUGCUUGAAGUUAUGGCACAAUAACAUCGCUUAUAUUCCUGCACAGAUCGGGGCAUUAUCCAACCUAGAGCAGCUCUCUUUGGACCAUAAUAAUAUAGAGAAUCUGCCCUUGCAGCUUUUCCUAUGCACCAAACUUCAUUAUUUGGAUCUAAGCUAUAACCACCUGACCUUCAUUCCAGAAGAAAUCCAGUAUCUGAGUAAUUUGCAGUACUUUGCUGUGACCAACAACAAUAUCGAGGUGUUGCCAGAUGGGCUGUUUCAGUGCAAAAAGCUGCAGUGUUUACUUUUGGGGAAAAAUAGCUUGAUGAAUUUGUCUCCUCUCGUGGGUGAGCUGUUGAACCUUACCUAUCUGGAGCUCGUUGGUAAUUACCUGGAAGCACUUCCUCUUGAACUAGAAGGUUGUCAGUCCCUAAAACGAAGCUGUCUGAUCGUUGAGGAGAAUUUGCUCAAUACUCUUCCAAACCCUGUAACAGAACGUUUGCAGACGUGCUUAGACAAAUGUUGACCGAAGGAGAAGAGAACCAUGUCUGAAAAUCAUCUUUAAAAGGAUGUUCCAGGGCUUUAAAUGAGAAGUGAAUUUUUCUAAGUUACAGAGAUGAGAAAUGAGUGCUGAUAAUGAUGAACUAUAACGAAAUGUCUUAUUAAGCAACUCCCUGUCUAGCCCUAAAUUCAAACAGGUAAAGAAUGUUGUCACUAACCUGACUUUUGUGCAUCAUUGGUCUUUAACUUAUUGAGAUGUUGUAAGAUGUUGUUCCACACUGAGGGUGGAAAAGGGGUUAUGCAAAUACUGAAAUCCUACCUUGCAGUUUUUACCUUGAAGACUGUGUUUCUAUUUUCUCCUCUUCCUCCCCCAGGGUCCAUUAUUUGCACACUCAUUUUAACUGACUUCCUGUUUUUUUGAUAUUUAUCACCAAGACCAUAAACUCAUCAAUAUAAAUUUUCUUGUACUUAACCGCUGUCUUUGACUUAUGUUCUUAAAUUGUUUUAAACAGGGUGUAUUGUGCUUGGCAGAAGUCCUAUUCGGCCUAAUUUUUACUUCCUUUCCCAGCUUGCUUGAGUUUUUCCUAAUUGGGCUUCCUCUUUCCAGUGAUGAACCCUGAGAACAUGUCUGUCUGCCCUUGGUGUUUGCCUAGAACUGGAGCAGAGGAUGCUUGAGAUGUGUUAGGGGCAUCCUGAAAAUUAAUGUAUUCUCUAAAAUAUCUUCUCGUCUACCAUCAGAGCCUUUUCUUUAAUUAGAAUUUUUAUAUUUUAGUGUAAAACAUAUAAAUAUUUUCUGUGGCAUAAUCUUGGAUUCCACAUCUGUGGAGAAUGAUUUUUUGUGAGGUCCAUGGAACGUGCACAUUUCUUUAAGAACUUCCUGUCAGUGUACUUGGUUUUGAUUAUUUAUGAUCCUCAUAUUUAUGUGCAUUCUGCUCCAAAAUGUUUUUAUACUCUGCAGCUAAUUACUUUUGGAUAACAAAAACCUUGUGCUUCACGCCCUCAAGUAUUUGGGGGUUUCCUUGUGAGAGGGUUAGCCAAGUCAUCGACCUCUCUCUUGCCUAGCCGCUGUGCAAUCGUACGGGUAAAGUUCUUCAUUACUUACAAAAACUGUGAUGGAGGGGAGAGGUACAGGUUUGGUUUUUAAAUUGAUUUUAAAAUACUUUGUAGAAAUUUAGUAAGCGUUAAAGCAAACUCCUUUUUUCCCCAUCUGCAUAAUCUCUAGCUAUGAAUUAUAAUGCAGAACCCUCAGCCUCUAUUCUGUGUCUUGAGUUCUCAGCGCUCACAGAGAGAAAUAGAUCUAUUUAAUUGAAAUUCAUAUCAUGCCUUUAUCUAACUUUCUGGAAUAUGUAUUUGUUUCUUUUUAUAAAGAGCUUUGUGUUUGGCCUUUUAUUUAAUACUAUCACGCAUAUUGUUAAGUGAAUGAAAUUGAUUCAUUUUGGGGAAGUGUACACUUUCAGUAUGUUUUUCUCUAAUGGGUCUAGGCAUUAUGAUGCCACCUCCUCAUUUUGGGUGUAAUUAGGAAGAAAUCUAUUAACUGUACCUAUACAAAACUGGAAAACACUAUGGGUAAAGAGUGCUGUGUGUAUGGAAUUGCAGUGUAUGGUGUAUGUUUUUUCUUGCUUUGUUCUAGAAAAAUGAAAAUGAACCUUUAAAGUAUAACAGAUGUGACUUCCCUCACUGACUACCACCCCUGGCCUGAAGUUCAGAAAAAAGAACUAUUCACAUCAAAUGAAAUUUGAAUAAUAUUAGCCAUAAUAUUCAUUUCAUAUCAAAUGAAAUUUAAAUAAAGAAUAUGGCUAUAACGAAUUUGGAACACCAAAAGCUACCUAACGAAGUAUUAUUUAUUCUGAAUGGGAAAGAAAUGGUGUAAAAAUAUACUUCUUACCAAAACUAGCCUUUUAGACAGAAAAUUAAAGUUCUCAGGGAACCAGGCAUAACUGAUGACAUUUUCUUCUAGGACUUCAGAAAAUAGAUUCUGAUUAUAUCCAUGGUUUUUCAUCACUUUCAUUUUGUUUAAUGUAAGCUGAUGGUUAUUUUAGUUUUUCACAGUAGAAUUGGCAUAUUUUAUAGGAUUAAGUUUUGGACAAGAAUAUGAUACAUGGAGAGGUGUUUGAGUAUUUUUGUCCACAUAAUUAGGCAGAAUUUAUAUGAAAAAUCCUACCCUCUAUUAUAGGAAGAAUUUACCAAACAAAAUUCAGGUUUGCUACCAUUCACCUGACAAACUAGACCUUUCCCAUGCCUAGUCACCGAUUCAGUUCAAUUGCAAAAUCAUUGGCUAAAUUUUGCUUAUCACCUAUGUACAUUUCUAGGGGCAAUUUACUAGCAGGAUUAACAAUGAAUAUUGCCAGCCGCUUUCUACACACUAAGGCAUAAUUACUGGUACAAAUUAUAUUGCUCUUGAUACCAUCGUUUUAAAAUUUUUUCAUUUAAAUCUUUUACACGGUGUUUAUGUAGCUUUUGACACAAGAUAGUGCUGACACGAGGAACAAUGAGAUCCCACUUGACAUACUAAAUGCGGUGUCAAUGCCAUCUUUACUGCAGUUGGUGCGGUAAUACUCAUUUAAAUGAAAAUAAUGUUUGUAAAAUUAUCAUUAUGAGAUGUUGGUUGGCAUUUGGUUUUCAAGAAUGUCUGUACAUUUUCCAAAAAAUAAAUAUGGAGCUUAUUCAAAGCAAAGUUUAUGGCUUAUGCUGGCAAUGGCAUGGGUUCCCCCACACACAGAUGUACACAUACACAGACAUGUACCCCCACACACAGAUGUACACACACACACAGACAUGUACCCCCACACACAGAUGUACACACACACACACAGACGUAUACCCCCACACACAGAUGUACACACACACACACAGAUGUACACACACACACAGACAUGUACCACCACACACAUGUACACACACAGACAUGUACCCACACACACAGAUGUACACACACACAGACGUACCCCCACACACAGAUGUACCCCCCCACAGAAAUGUACCCACACAACACAGAUGUACACACACAGACAUGUACCCCCACACACAGAUGUACACACACACACAGACAUGUACCCCCACACACAGAUGUACACACACACAGACAUGUACCACCACACACAGAUGUGCACACACACACACAGACAUGUACCAGUACUCAUCUAUGCAAAUAGUUAAUGGAUUCAUUUUUUAUGGUUUGUGUAUUUUUCAAAAUUACAAGAGGUUAUAGGUUAAUACAGGGAUAAUGAUUUUUUGUAUUCAUUAUUUAUAAUCAUGGGGUAGUCUAUUCCCUUAGUUAUGACAUUUAAAAGAAAACCAAAUGCUUAACAUUGGUUUGAAAACCUGUUUCUGAGCAUUCCUAUAAAAGUGUCAUGUUCUUUCCCUAACCUAAAUCAGGGUACGUCCACGUGGCAUGUAGGGACUGUGCUGUCAUUCUUUACCCUCAGUCUUAAUUUCUACCCCCGUAUGUCUCCAUCUUUCACUGUCACUUAACAAACGUUUGUGUUCAACAGGGUAAGUGGAGGUCCUCAGGAUCUCAGUGCGAUGCCCUCGCUCCAGUGGGUGUGCUGGGGUGCGCUGCAGUGUUUUGUUUGCAUAAUAUUGUUACUUAAUAGUGAAUUUUUUUCUGUUUUUCAGGUGUUUCACGAUUCAAAUUUUGUGUUUAAUUAAAAUAUUGGAUUAUGUUGAUGGGCUCAGAAACCAUUAAAAUAACCAAUCAUUCUGUGGACUUAACAUUAUUUUCUUGUGUUUUCAAUAAAAUAUCCUUUCCAUCUUUCCAUUCGCAUGGCGUCAUCCUAUCCACAUAAGGUAUUUUGUUUUCCUUCUCCACUCACCUACCCUGUAAAAUUGACCAGCACUUGUAUAGUAACAACAUGCUUGUGCUAAAGGAUUUGCAGUGAUACCUGAGCAUGUAUGUAUUUGGGGGGAAGCCAGUGCCCGUAAUUAUGACCAACCCAGUAGUUCACCUUCACCCAUCCCUGCAGUAUUUAGACCUAUCCUGUGAUCCCUCAUCUCCACCAAAAGUAUGAGAAUAUAACUGUAGGUCCACUUUGUUUUCAUCAAGUGUACAAUUGCAUUAGAAUCUGUGUUUCUUCCUUUCUGGAAAUGAGAAAGACUGGUAGGAGAGGGGAGGAGUUAUUUUGCAUCCUGGGUUAUAUUAUGAAGAUAUUAUAUAUAUGAAAUGAUAUGAACUAAUAAUCGUUCCAAAAUGACCUGGAUAUAAUUUUUUUUUUAUUAAGUCAUAAACACAUAGAUCAUGUAUGCAUGUAUACAUUGAUGCCUUUAUGGAGUACAAUGUGCUGAUUUAUAUACAAUUAGGAAUGCUUACAUCAAACUAGUUAAUAUAGCCUUCACCUCAUUUACUUAUUGUGUUAAGACAUUUAUACUCUAUACUUAAUAGAUUUGACAUGCACCUUUGCAAUAUCAACCAUAGGAAUGGUCCUCCCUUUACCCUCCUUCCAUCGAAUCUCCCCCCUCCCCUCCCGUCCCCUCCUCUGCCCUCUUCAUCUUGGGCUAUAGUUGUGAUUUAUCUUUCUUAUGAAAGUGUGAGUGAUUAUAAAUUGGUUUUAUAAUAAUACUGAGUACGUUGGAUACUUUUUCUAACAUUAUUGAGAUACUUUACUAAGAAGAAUAUGUUCCAGCUCCAUCCAUGUAAACAUAAAGAGGUAAAGUCUACAUCUUUUUCUAAGGCUGCAUAAUAUUCCAUGGUGUACAUAUACCACAAUUUAUUAACCCAUUCAUGGGUCGAUGGGCCCUUGGGCUUCUUCCAUGACUUGGCGAUUAUGAAUUGAGCUUCAGUGAACAAUCUGGUGCAAAUAUCUUUGUUGUAAAGUGCUUUCGGCCUGGAUAUAAUUAUUAUCUCCAGUUGGAUGUGAAAAGUUGAGGCAGGGGAAACAGUGCAUUCCUAUUUAAUUGUCUCUUGUCCAUCAAUUCUGAAUCCACUGGGAGCUAUCUACAAAGUACCUUUGAUAAUGGACUACAUUCUCUUUGGAUUUUGUCAGCACUAAAGCAUUAUUAUAGAAUAUAUGAGCCAAAGUACUGAGUUGAAAUGGCUUUCAAUUGAACUUAACUCCAUAUUUAACUUUGCAUUUGACUUGUAUAAUAUACUACUGUUGAGAAAAAUAAAAUGAAUGCCUUUUGCAUGUUAUACGUUAUCUCUAACAGAGAUGGUGCAAUUUAAAAAUAAAAGGGGUGUAGAGUUAGAGUGGAUGUGUUUGUGCAUAUAUAUGUCAUGUAUAAGCCUAAUAUUAACGUUUACAAGAUUUUUAGAAUUCUUUAAAUAUUUCACUGUCAGUGAAAUAAUGGGCCAGUCUUACGUGGAGACAUAUUCUUCUUUUUUAGUUCGCAGUGAAGGCCAGCAUUUGUUAUUUUAUCUUUGUCACAUACUUGGAAACCUAUACAAUUAUUUUCUGCUUCUGGUAAUGAAUUAUUUUAAAAUUUUAUGUUUUGGGCCCUCAGGUUUACCAUGUAAAUCUGCAUUUUUGGUGGUAAAUCCCUUUGCCUCAGAUUCAGUAGCUUUUAGUAAACUUUACUGUUUUUAAAGUAACCUUUGUGUAAAAUAAAGAUUCAAUUUUUAUAAUAAAUGGCAAAUAAAAAUAUUAAAUGCUGGAAGAA